CGACUCGACAAAUUUACAUGUUCACAGAUUCUGUGAAAUAUGACUGUAAAGUGUAAAAGUUUGAAGCCUGUUAGAAUUCCUUCUGUCUCAAACGUCAGUGGCAAAAAGCAUGUAAUAGAUACAUCGGAUUCGCCACAAAGGAUUUGCCACGUCUGUGUUCUUCUAGCGGAACGGAUAACAAUAGGAAUCAUCCGAAAUAGAUGUGGAAUCAUUACAUAAAUUGGUACAGCAGCUCAGACAAAGAGAAAAGGAACUUGUUCAUGAAAAACAAGAAAUGGAAAAUGAAUUUGGUCAGAAAAGAGCACAAUUGAAGGAUCUUUUUAUUCAAAAAGAAGAGGAACUCAACAGAGAAAAACAGGCUUUAAAAGAAGCUUUACAAACAAAAGAAAAAUUAGAAUCUGAAUUAUCUAAACUUCAGACAGAAUUAAAUGAAUCUAAAUCUCUAGUUGCAAUUGCAGAAUGUCAAAAAGAAAAUGAAAUAGAAGCAGAAAAACAAAAAUGCCAAGAAGAAAUUGCAUCACUUCAACAUAUAAUGAAAGAAGCUAUGGCAGAUGCAACUAGAAAUUCAUCUAGUAAAUUAGAAAAAGAACUCAUUAAACUUAAAAAAUUUAAUGAUAAAUUGGAAGCAGAAUUAAAUGAGAUUAAGAGUCAACAAGCAAAAGAGAGGGAAGGUGUUUUAGCUGUUGUAACAAAAUCUCUCAAACAACGAGUAGGAGGAUUAAGUAGCCCAAUUCCAUUCACUUCUUCUUCAGAAACAACAGAAAAUUUAGAAGAGAGCAUGAGGAAGAGUUGGCAACUGUUGAAAAUUCCAGUCUGUGGAUUAUGGAAGUCAUUGGAUAAAGAAGUGUGGAUUAAAGAGGCACAAGAAGAUGCUGAAAUGUUGAGAUCUUUAGUUGUACCUUUAGAAGAAGAAAUAAAAGCCCUCAAAGAUAAAUUACGAUCUACUGAUGAACAUCUGAGGAUGUAUGAGACUGCAUUCUCUGGAUUAGUUAAAGGUUUAGGAUCUGAUUCACUGGCUGAAAUGUUAAAAGGAAAAUCUCCUGCUGAAGUUGUUGGACAUUUAGAUGAUAAAUUAACUAGUUUAAGCCAAGGACUUCAAGCAGAAAAAGCUUCUAGAAGUGAUUUAGAAAUGUAUGUUGCUGUCUUGAAUACACAAAAGAGUGUAAUGCAAGAUGAUAUGGACAGAAUAAAGAAAGAGUUACAAGAAGUUUGUGAACUGUUAGAAAAGGAAAAAAGAGAGCAUGCAUCGUUAAAACGUACUUGGCAAAUGGCUAAUGAUCAAUUUCUAGAAGCACAGAGGCUCCAGUUUAUGGAUAUGCGGCGAAUGCAGAGUGUUUUGACUGCUGAACAGCAGCGUCAAGUUGCUGAAAUGCAACGUAAAGAUGCAGAAAUAAUGGAUCAGGAAAGAAGAUUAUCACGUUUACAAAUUCCACAUCAACUUGAAUCUCAAGAUAAACCAGAGCCUGGUACACCUUUAUCUACGAAGUUCGCUCGAAGAACAAUGUCACCUAUGAUGCAUCGUCGAUUUUGUUCUGCUGAUAGCAAAUCUGUAGAUUUGUUAGAUUCUUUAAUAUCAAAUUCAAAUAAAUGUCAGAGUGCACCUGAAGGGUUAAGUGAAACAGGAUUAGAUAUAUUUCAAGCAUCAUCUAGAAGCAAUACUUUGCAUUUACCUACAUCAUGUACAUACUGUAAAGAAGAAAAUCUUUGGCGUUCUGUUUCUCUUAAUGGACUUACAGAGAAAAGACUUGAACAUAAAAGAAGUCAAGAAAGUGAGAUAAGAGCUGAAACUCGUUCACUCUCUGGUUUGGAAGAUGGAUCAUCUAGCCCAUGGAGUCCAAAAAAAUUACCUAGUCUAACACAGGAUCAGCUUAAAGCUCUUUCUGAUAUUACACCAGAACUUGAAGCAAGAAAAUCUCUUUUGGAUAAUGCAAGAGCAGAAAUGGAAUCUUUUUCACUAGUAGGGAAAAGAUUAGUAAGUGAAAAAGAAUGGCAGCUUUUAGAGGAAGAGGUGAGAAGAGCUAGAGAAAAAUUGGGGCAGCCAUGUCAAAUGUGUAGCAAUUAUGAAUUACAAUUACAGCAACUACAAAGAGCAGAACAAGAACAGAAAAGAAAAAUGUCUACUCUACAGCAAGUACAAGAAAGGUAUAAAGAAGAAUUGACAAAACAACAGACAUAUUGUCAAGAAAUGGAACAAAAAUUUAAUGACAUGGCACAGGAUUCACGCAAUCAGGUUUAGUAUUGAAGUUAAAAAAUUGUCAUUCAAAAUUUUUAUAUUGUUAGUUUAACUUUUUCCUGG